AUGGCUGUUCGCUCCUCGCACUUUGUCCCCGUAGCUGUGGCGUUCUCAAUUCUUGUGGCAACUGCGUGCGCGGACAGAUAUUCCCCAGUGGUGCUGUCGUCGAAUCUGUUGGGCAGCAACGAGAUCCCCAAGAACAGCACCAAGGUCGCCAGGGAUGCCGUGGGCGACAUGCAGGGCCGCGCCACCAUGCUGCUCACCAUUUACGAUGACGGCAAAGGCGCCUACACGUGGCUCACUUUCGUGGCUCGCGUGGCCCUCUUGCAAGGCGAGAUGCCCCCUACUAAGACGCAUAUCCACGCGGGUGCCAAAGGCAUGAACGGCGACCUGUUGGUGAACCUGCCGUGCGUAUACAAGCAGUACAAUAAACGAAACUACUGGCGUUGCGCGGGUUCCCUGGGGAAGGCUACUGGCGAAAGUACUCCAGAGCUACAGGCUGCGCUGAAGGCUAUUGUCGCGGCUCCUCGUAUGUUUUAUGGGAAUAUUCACACCAAGAAGUACGCUGAUGGUGCUGUGCGUGGACAGUUGAAGAGGAGGAGAGGCUCUACAUAG